AUGUUACCACUUCUUUUUACCAAAAUGUGACUCAAGACGGUCAUGCCCGUUUGACCACUGUGUCAAAUGUUGCAUUUAAUGCACGUUUCGUUGCGAGAAGUGCAUUACUACAUUACACCAAUGCACAAAUUUUGAAUGCUUGGACGGACAAAAUAAAAAUAAUAAAUGAAGGUUGUACUCUUUACAAAAGUCGAAUAACAGAGACGUGUGCAAAAUGCAAAAGUAACAUAACCUUCAUAUGGACCCAAACAUGCGAACAGAAAGAGAUGUGUAUUGUAAAUGUUGACAAGUUUGGUGAUGAAUAUGGUGUACAUUGUUCCAAAAAAGAAAACAUUCUGAAGAUUGUCAAAGAUUUCCUUCGCUUUAUCCCUACUCAAAACGAUUUGGAUAAAAUAUGGCGUAUCUGGGGGGAAAGAAAAUUCAAUAUAAUGACUUGUCAAGCUGUCAUCUCUGAAUACCUGAUAGUUACGGAAGAAUCAGAAUAUACACAAAAAGUGUUGUUCACACGUAUCAUAACUCUAAUUCUGUUUUCUAGUAGAUUUGUCGUCAAAUCUUCCAAAGAAGGAUGUUCAUUAAAAGAAUGGCAAGAUGUGUGCUUAACGAUUCCCUGUACCAUUCAAGCGGCGCUAUCAGUCGACGAAAUUGAAGAAACCUUGGCAAUAGCAGGCGAUUGUUUACAAAGUUUUGGAGAAGAAAUCACUGGAGAAAUAAAAAACUUGAGGAAAAUAACUGUCGAAUGUGGGGUUUUCCAAGAAAAUCAAUUAUAUAUUGGUUUGAUUGUAUCGGCAGGAGCCGGUAAGUCUUCCUUAAUGAAUAGUUUGCGAGGUAUCAAACCAGGCGAGAAAGGCGCAGCAAAACAAGGACAUAUAAACACUACAAGGAGAAAUCAUUUCUAUAAGUAUUCCGAAGACAUUGUUUUUGUCGACUUUCCAGGAAUCAAAAAUGUUUCAAGCAGUGACUUAAAGGAAAAUAGCUAUUUAAAAUACACUAUAAAGCUUAAAAGGUAUAUUUAUUAUUUCAUAAUCGUCUGUGGUGCUCGUGAAUUUCAUGUGGAGGCCGAAAUUGCAAAGAUUCUUGUACUGGAUGGAAAAUCAUUCAGAUUUGUUAGAACCAAAAUGGACCAAGAAAUCCUAAAUGGUGUCCGUGAUGGAUUUACUGCAGAACAAGUGAUUGAAGAUAUUCGGAAAGAGUGUCAGAAGGAACUGUGUGACGAAAAUCUUCCAAAGAUACAAGUACUCCUUGUUAGUAAUGUUGAACCAAACUCAUAUGACAUGCCAAGACUUAAGGAAUGUUUUUAACUCCUUAAUAUCAAGCAGAGACAAUUGCAUGCAGACGAACGAUUUUACCUUUUAAAGUUGAUAGAGUAUCUGGAAAGUAUCGCCAAUUGUCUAGAAGAAGCUGGAAAACCCUCAAAAAACGUCAAAAAGGUGACAACCCUUGUUUCAACUACAAUUGUGUCAUUGGGUGUCUUAUUUUUAGCAAGUCCUCAGACAUUUGGAGCAACACUCAUUCAGGCAGCAGUGUUAGGAGGAAUCGUCGUCGGAAUAAGGUCCUUGAGAAAUGUAAGAGCAAAAUAUAGCAAGCAAAACAAGCCAGAAUUCAUAUACAUCGACAGAAAAGGGCUAGGGUCUACACUCUCAGCUGGAUCAUUGCAAUCAUUCAUUCAAGCGAUAAACAACAUGGACCCAAACGCGUUCAAUAUCCUUUCAAAAGCCGGUAAAAGACUUAAAAUUGCAACAGGAGUAAUGUCUGUAAUCAUUGUCCCACUUGAGGCUGCCAUUGCUUUGAAAGAUUCGUGGGAUGUUCAUAAAGGAAACGUUUCAAAGAUCGCUGUAUCUAUCCGCGAAAUAGUCGAACAGAAAAAAGAGGAAAUAAAGAUGUUUAUUGACUGUCAUGUCUCAAACCAGUCCUCUGCACGAACCUACUAAAAAUGCCGAUUUUGUGUAUUUACUGUUUUUACCUUAUAUACAUUAAACUCGUUGUGGAUGAGUAUUCCGUCUCUGGCAAGACAUGUUGUAAAUGAUCGUGUUGGGGAGAUUUUCUGUGCUAUAUUUUUUUGAAACGUGAAACUUUGAUAAUUGUGUAAUUAUUGAUACAUGUUUUGACAAGUUUGCGAUAAUGGCCAUGCUACCUUGUGUAAUCCUCAAGCAGACUCGUCUUACAGUAACCGUUCCAAGGUGGUAAUUUGAUGGGUAUCUGGUCUGUUUGUGAUGUUUAUACGUGUCAUAGUUUUUGAACUUUCGAUGUUAUUAAGGAUCUUGCCUUGUGCUUCUACACAAGGUUUAUAGUUUAAUAUUUUAUUACUGGGCCUUUUCUUUUUCAUUGUAUUAUUUGUCUUUGUAUAUUUGAAUUAUUUCUAUACCUUACGUCUUUGCGCAAAUAUAAGGCACUUUUUAUCCGCUGAAGACACAAAUGUAUUAUUCUUUGUUAUUGUUAUAAAAAUGCAUACUUAGAGUGAUGUGUCAUACCAAUAAAGACGUACAUGUUUUAGUAAUGAAAUUAUUCCAAUACGGUAUACACAUUUUAUAUGAGACAUGUCUGAGAAUUUGUAGUAUAUAUUGAGCAUUUGUACUAAAUUGUACAACUCAGUGUGGCUGAAUUCUUUAUUGUAGAUCGAUUAAAAAUAUGCACAUUAAACAUCCGUUUGUCAAUCAUUUAGUCUCUUAGAAAAAAGCAAUAACCAAUUUAA